UCCCAAUAAAACAGAUGAAUAAGGCCAUCUCCAAUGGGAGGUUUUAGUUAGUUUGGGAAGGGGUUCUCUGGUUAAAUGUUAAUAAAAAUAAAUCAAAACCCAAAAUUAUAAGGAGAACCGGCUCUCUGGAGAGAGUUUUGGGAACCGGCUCUCUGUCGUCUCUCUCGACGUUUUACCAAAUCGAAGACCCAAUUCUAUCUGUUUUGUCCCCAAUCCAAUCUCCCACCAAACCAUCGCUUCGUUCUCUAGAAUUUCAAUUGGGUUCUUCUUCCACCGCCGAUCCAAUUAUCCCACCGCCGACUGAGAUCGUCAUCGUUAUCAGUGGUCCGAGCGGAGUUUGCAUAGACGCAGUGAUCAACAAGCUUCGUCAAGUUCGUGAAGAGCUAAAGACGAGCGUUGUUGAUGUUGAGUUGAUUCUGGAAUGCAAUUACAACGUUUGAGUGGCUCACAAUGCUUGACAUUGCAAAGGCUUAUCUAAGAGAUGGUUCUAAGGGAAAGGCGAGAGAGAUGCUUCGUAAAACAGAUGAAUUGAAUGAUCCAAAGUCUUACGAGAGACUCAUAAAGCUAUAUGGUGAAGCAGGGAGAGAGAUGAUGUUUACCAUAUAUGGGACUUGUACAAGAACACAAAAGAGAAGAACCAUGUAUUGUUUUGCAAAAUUUGAAUUUUUUUCUAAAGAACCCCAUGGGUGGUUCUAACCAUUGGAGGACACAAAACUUAAAAGCUCCUAUGCUAGUACUUAAAUUUGAGAAAGGCUAAAUUUAUUCUUAAAAAAUUCUGAGAACCCUUCAUGGGGUUAAAACCAUUGGAGAUGCUAAGAAUAUGGAUUUCUUCACAUAUGAUCUAUGGACAAUUAUAUUUGCACAAUUACCACUAAAAAUUAUCACAACUUCUAAACUGGUUUGUAAGCAGUGGAAAUUUAUUAUCGAGUCUCCACAUUUCCGUGUCAUGUUCAUGUCUCUGCACCAUUCUUCUUCAUGGUCGCUCAUGUGUAGGUAUUACAAGACAGAAGUGGUGGCUCAUUAUAGAUGCGACACUUGGGGACUUAACCGUACCAUAGGCUCUUACAUCUCGUCUUUCAUAACUGAUAAAUUUGAAACUCAAAUGAACAAAUACCGAUAAGCCAACGUUGUUGCUUACAACACCGAUAUUGGGUUUCUUUUGAUUGAUGUCGUGUCUAUCCUCGGGGAUCAAUUGUUAUACCUGGCUAAUCCAAUUUCACAUCAAUGCUUAGAGAUCACUCCUCGUGCUCUUCUGCAUGAUUUUUUCUGUCCCUUGGAAAUAGUAACACAAACUAAGAACGGCGUCGUUUUGGGUUACAAAGUUGUUAUGUUUGAUGGAAAGCAAAGAGGUCCCAUAAUAACGAAAAUAACUUUUCUGAUAUAUUCAUCCGAGACACAGUUGUGGAGUCUCAACACCGUCCAUUUUCCUUUCUCUUUUUUCAAUCGUGAUUUUCACCAUCCCAUUAGCUUAAACGAAAAUCUUCAUUGGCUCAUUCGCAAUAGUGAGGAUACAGAAGUUGUUGUAUCCAUCGAUUUUUACGAUAUAGGAACGAGUUCCUAUAGAUGUCGUGUUACUCCUUUCCCUGAUUUAGAAAAGCAUCCCAAAUUCAUAAGAACAUGCACAACUAGUCAAGGGUUUCUCAUGUAUAUGAACAUAAUCUCUGAUGAAGGUUUAGAUGAUAAGUUAUGUGUAUGGAGGCUAAAGUGGAGAUGGCAAUUAGUAUCUGAGAUCUCCCCGACUUUUAUUGAGACCGGUUUCGAAUAUUUACUGCUGGCGAUUAACCCUUUUGAUGCUAAUAUAGUAUACCUUUGGAGUUGGAAACACCAAAGUUUGCUAUUUUUUAACUUACUCAAUGGAAACUUUGUGAUCCACAAUCAAAUAGAAUAUAACGACCAGACUUACAUUAUAAAAUAUGUUAAUUGUCCAGUUGUUAUGAAAAUCAUCCAAAAAAUACGAUGUUGCUUGUUCUGUCUCCCACAAUGGCUGUAUCGGAUCCCCGACAUAACAGGAGUUUAGAUAUAAUAUUGGGUGAAUGAAAUAUAUAUACCUGGAGGAGCAGAUAAUUAAGAAUCUAUGAAGACCAUUUAUUUAGGUGGUUUUUUUUUUGCAAAAUCAAUAUGACGAAAUGCCCCUACACUAUAGGAAACUCGUUAGUGUACUGACUCAAGAUAACGCUGUUAAACAUUUAUAAUUUUAGUGUAUAACUGUUUACUUAACAUGCUAAAACAUAUGGUAUCGCAAUAAAUUUACAUAUUAUGUGUUAAAUGCAUGGUUGUCGAUUUUAAUUUGGGAAUCAGUAUUUUAUAUUUAUGUAAAUAUCAGUUCAAUAAAAAAAAUUAGUCUUUCUCUUACAUAAUUAACAUGAUAACAAUUAUAAUAGCAUGUUAUAUAGAAUGAUAACGUGCUAACAUAUUAAAUAUUCGAAUAACAUUUGUUUGAACAUGGUAAUAUUUAUAUUAACGUGUAACCAAGAGCUGACCUUCUACUCGAUCGCCUCAUCCAUGGCUUCUUCCACACCUCUCACAAAAUUCUUUAAAACAGUCUGUUGCGAUUUCUAUUCUAAAUUUGGUUCGAAAGGAAAGGAAUAAGCUCAGCAGGAUCAAACCUACCAUAACUACUAUCCCUGAAAACGCAACAAUAACAAGAUCAAUCCUCCUCAUACGACGAACAUAAGGAGACGCAAAAGCUUCAUUAAAUAUAUGACCAGGCCAUAAGACUUUACCUUACCCCAAACCAAAUCUCCAACUUCAAACCCAUAACUCAAUGCCCUCAAAACUCCAGAACCCAUUUUCUCAUUCACAACAUAAUCAUCAAACUCAGA